AAGCGGUCUGCGCCAAACUGUCGUCGUAAUAUCACAGCUUGUAUAGCAUCGCCACAACAACACUGUUUUGCAGAAAAGGGGAUUUUGACGUCUGAUUUGGAACACAUAAACAGGUACGCUGGAAUUUUCGGACACCCACUCGGACAUGUCCUAUGUCUUCAUCAAUGACUCGUCUCAGACCUCCGUUCCCCUGCUCCAGGCCUGCAUCGACGGGGACCUGCUAUUCGCCAAGCGGCUCCUGGAGACGGGCUGUGACCCCAACACACGGGACAACCGGGGUCGUACGGGCCUGCACCUAGCGGCCGCCAGGGGGAACGUGGACAUCUGUUGUUUCCUCCAUAAGUUUGGGGCGGACCUCCUGGCUACAGACUACCAGGGAAACACGGCGCUACACCUCUGUGGACACGUGGAUACCAUCCAGUUCCUGGUGUCCAACGGUCUCAAGAUAGACAUCUGUAACCACAACGGGUCCACUCCUCUGGUGCUGGCCAAGAGGCGCGGGGUGAACAAGGACGCUAUCCGCCUGCUGGAGGGCCUAGAGGAACAGGAGCUGAAAGGAUUCAACAGGGGAGCCCACUCCAAACUGGAGACCAUGCAAAUGGCUGAGAGCGAGAGUGCAAUGGAGAGCCACUCCCUGCUGAACCCCGACUUCCAGAACAGGGAGGGAGUCCUGUCCAGCUUCAGGACCACCUGGCAGGAGUUUGUUGAGGACCUGGGCUUCUGGAGGGUGCUGCUACUGCUGGUGGUCAUCGCCUUGCUCUCUCUGGGCAUCGCUUACUACGUCAGUGGGGUGCUGCCCUUCUCCGCCAGCCAGCUGGAGCUGGUACACUGAGGGAGGGGUGGAUGGACAGAGGGUGAAAGUUUGGCUUGGGCUACAUUCUGGUUAUCCACCCUUGUCCAGAAGUGUGCACUUGCACACUCCCCUUUUUAUGGAUUUAAAAGCGUAGGAGUGGUGUAAGCGUUGGCUGGUUUCAACCUUCGUGAAAUCGUUACGAGAAAGUGUGCAAGUGCACACUUCGGGGGAAAGGCGGAGAAUGGGGACUCAGCCAUGGAUGCAUCUGCAGUCUGGCGUAUGUGUGUUAUAUGAACAUUUUCUCACUGUGGCCAGUUAUACAUGAGAAUGCACAUCAUUUCAUGUGUCAUUAAUUUGUGUGACUAAAUUGACCAAAUAUCGACCAGUGACGUGACCAUCUUCUUUCUGGAAUACCGAGCUUUUAAAGCAUAACUAUCAAAACAAGAACAUAUUCAGUACCAGUCAAAAGUUUGGAAACACAUUCAAGAGUUUCUAUAUGUUUUAUUCAAGAUUGUGCAAAGCUGUCAAGGCAAAGGGUGGCUACUUGGAGAAUCUCAAAUGUAACAUAUAUUUUGAUUUGUUUUAACACUUUUUUGGUUACUACAUGAUUCCAUAUGUGUUAUUUCAUAGUUUUGUCUUCACUAUUAUUCUACCAUGUAGAAAAUAGUUUGUUUUUUUUAAACAAACCUGGAAUGAGGUGUGUCCAACCUUUUGACUGAUACUGUACAUUUCUUACAUGCGGUUUCAUAACUUUUCAUGUCUAUUUCAGUUUUGACCGUAUUCAGCUCUAUAUGAAGCAACUGUUGUAUUAUGGACCUUUUUCCUAAUGUCACAAUAUGUAUUGUUCUGUGUUGUGUGGAGUAACAAGCUGUAUAUUGCUAUA